ACUGGUUUUGGAUGAAAAAAGUUAUUAACAAAUAGAGCUAUUUAAAAAUAACAAAAUUCACUAUAACUAUACAAAAAAAAACCUCACAAUAGACGUAUAUUAUAUUGUAUAUAAUCAUUGUGGUUAGUAACCAUGUUACUCUAUCUACUUGUUUAGCUCAAAGUAACGUUAUCUCUAUUUAAAUGGGACGCCACUGUAAAUUUUCACCACAAGUAACUUAACUUUGUAAGAAGACACGCAUAGCAAUGACUUUUUCAAAUUGUAUAAAUUUUAUUUUGGUGUUGAACGUAUUUAGUUACUCUUCAACCAAUGCAUAUUUGGCUGAAAUUUUUCAAAGCAAUAAAAUUGUACCGGAUGUUUUAACUAACGCACCAAAAAAUAAAACAGAAGUUACUUAUACAAGUGGUGUUAAAGCAGAUUUAGGUAACGAACUUACUCCGACUCAAGUGAAAGAUUCGCCAAAAGUAGAAUGGGAUGCCAGUCCUGAUACAUUCUUUACUCUUUGUUUAGUUGAUCCGGAUGCCCCAAGUCGCAAAGAACCAACCAAUAGAGAGUUCUUGCAUUGGCUUGUGACCAAUAUACCAGGAAGUGAUAUUAACAAAGGUGACGUUCUUGCUGAAUACGUUGGUUCAGCACCUCCUCCAUCUACAGGACUUCAUAGAUAUGUAUUUCUCGUUUAUAAACAACCUUCAAAAUUGAAAUUUGAUGAAACUUCUAUCACUAACAACUCAUUUAAGGGGCGUGAAAAAUUUUCAAUCCAAAGGUUUGCUCAAAAAAAUAACUUAGGAUAUCCUAUUGGAGGUAAUUUUUAUGAAGCACAAUUUGAUAAUUAUGCCAUAGUAGUAUACAAAAAAUUAGGAAUUCCUCAAGAAAAAAUUGAUAAAAUGUUAGAAUACAAAAAAUCAAACUAAGAAACCUUAUUUUUUUAAUGUUUUAAAUUAUUAAAAAUUAGUGACGUAUUUAAACUAUUUUUAUUUUAUUUGUUUUUUUAUACAAAACACUGGUAAAGUAAAUUGUCUUUUUGAUUAAAAUAUUUAGUUUUUUUAUACUGAAAUAAUAGCUCGAAUAAAAGAAAUAAUAUAAAUGUUGAAACUGUUAUUAGUA